AUGCACACUGCUAGUGCAUAUUGAAGCUUCCCAUGAAAAUACUCCGGAGUCCGACGGCCGCCGCACUGUAUAAGAUAACAGGCCAGAUGUCAAGUCACUCCUGCUAGUCGUGUUCAAAAGCAGCCGAAGCAAGUCUUCACGGGCUACCUGCUGAUUUUACGUUCACGUCAAGCAGCUCCGACCAUCGCUAGACUUUGGUGUCGAUAAUAGUAUAAGAUCAGAACGUAUUGAAGAUUCUCAGCAUUUGUGAGAGGUGUGUGUUGAGCAUUGACAAGCGAAAACCUCACCGUCUUGCUUUCAGUUGAAAGGAAGAGAGGACUUUUGUUUCGGCGUGGAUUGGAUAGUCGAGCAGUGCCUGGAAGCAAGCAUAGUGGUAGCCAGUGCUGCUCGGUUCGCCUAUAUGCUACAACUGAUUCGAUUAGCUGAACAGCGGUGAGGGAAGGUCACAGAAUUACUGUAACCGGUACAACAACUCAAAGAUCCGCUGUGUGGUCAAUCGUCCUAGGGACGACUUCCUUCUUACCAGUCAGAAUGGCUCUGAAGCUUGCACCCAACAUGGCAUUUGUGUCCUACCGCACUAUUUCUUCUAAAUUUGUCACCGUCAUCUGCCUUCUGAUGGCCAUAACAACUAUACAGGCGCUUCCGGGGCGUCGCAGGCCACACAACAAUGUGAACAUGACGUUCAUGGACAUAUGCUCCAAGAUGGAUACUGUCACUGCCCAAGUCCGGUGCUUCGCACGCAGAGGCGCAGUGUUAGCUGUGAAUACAUGCCAGGAUGCUUUCUUCCAGGAGAAAUGGAACUGCCCGGAGUCCUCUCUGGUGCCUAUGCUGAAGGACACAACCAAUAUGCCCCAAGCGGCAUUCAUGAAGGCACUGACCUCUGCCAUGGUUGCCUACGAGAUAGCACAGGGCUGUUACUAUGGCUACACAAAGCUCAACUGCUACUGUCCCGUGGUGGCAGGGAAAUCGGAGAAAGGAGUGAAUAAUGCAUUUGAGUGCGCCCAAGUGAUGGGAUCGGGGGUUUCCGGGGCUAAAUUGUACCUGGACACGGAUCAUAUUGCCGAGCUGCUGCACCCCUUUAAUAAGAUAUAUCCGUCAGGCGGGGCCAUACACUCCACGCAGGAGCAGGUGCGAUUUCACAACAACCGAAAGGGACGAGAGGUCUUUAAAAGAAUGGCGCGGGUAAAGUGCACUUGCCAUGGUCUAUCUGGUGCCUGCAAUCUGAAGACUUGCGUCAGAACCCCUGCGAGGCCAGCAGCCAUCGCACGAGAGCUGCGACGCAUGUACGACAAUGCUCGCUUCAUGCAACCACAGCAGGCGAGGAAUCUGAGGCACGUUCGGCCAGCUCCCACCCAGCUCCUGUACACCGCACAUCCGCCGAGCAUGUGCCAACCGCUCCCGGACCUGGGUUUCCCUGGCAUCCAGAAUCGUCAGUGUACAAUGCCCUUCAGCAACCCGGUUGCGUUUACCCUACUGCCAAAACCCGGCGCCUGCUCCGCCCUAUGCUGCGGUCGAAACAUAUUGAGCAAAGAUGUCAGUGUGGUAUAUAAAUCUGUGUGCGAUUUUAAAUGGGAUACCGGGCGUAAGUGCGUAAAAUCCCGGAUGACAUCAGCUUUCUAUUACUGCGUAUAAGUUGCAGUGCAGUUUCAUGUCAGUCUAUGUCCAACGCUCGUUCAACUUAAAUAAAAAAAGAUGUGUCCUAUAAUACUUCGACUAUCAACAUAAGACUUUCAACAACAAGACUCUAAAAAUACAAAAGUACGAACCAACUUCUCUAUUUAUUGCAAUAUCAAGUUCCUUUGGCCUUCAUGCUGCAUAAAUGCUUUGCUGGAACAGGUCAAUGCUGGAUCAAUGAUGUACGACGUAUGUGCUAAUAAAUAUAAAUUCGCUGCUUGAUUUAGACACUAGUAUAGUAGAUCUCAAUAAUUAUUUUUUGCCAUUUGCUGAACAGAACUAGUGCAUUCAGCUUCCCUUUAGGCUCAUUAGGCACCAGCGUCCACCGACGAUGCACAUACUUCUGAUAGUACAAGGCUCUUCUCCUCCCUGGCAUCUCUCUAAUCAUGGUCACAGGCAAAUGAUGCAGAAUUCAGUAACCCCUUGAUGAUCAGCAUGUUCGCUGAUGAUAGUAAAAGCAUAUUUUGAAUCCACUUACAAGCUGUGCCCUGCUCCUCAUUUAGCUGUGCAUCAAGACGCUUUUAUUUCAGAAAAUUUGAUUUGCUGUUUCCGCUGAGAUAAAUUAUAUCUAUGUAUAUCAUCCGUGAA